AUGGCGGCUGGUGGUGGCAGCUCUUCGGUGGGGCUACCGUGCGUUUUUUCACCAAAAUCGAGACAGUACUUGGCUUUGUGUGCUCAGGAUGGAAGACUUCGCAUCUGGAACACCGAUAGCAAAACGCUUCACCAAGAAUAUGUGCCUACUGCCCAUUUGAGUGCCACUUGUACCUGCAUAGCUUGGGGACCAUGCCGGACAGUCAAGGAGGGGCCUCAGAGGAAGAAGAGGAAAUCGGAGGCGACGGGGCAGGUGGAGCAGAAGGCAGACCUAUUGGCAAUGGGCACAGCAGCAGGCAGUAUACUCAUCUAUAGCACAGCAAAGGGAGCACUGCAUUGUACCCUGGAUGGAGGUCAUAGUGGAGGGGUGAACUGUGUCCAGUGGCACCCAGAGGACAGUCUGUUAUACAGUGGAUCUGAAGACACGUACAUCAUAGAGUGGGACCUGCAGACAGGAAAGACACGCCGCAAGUGGAAGGCAGACCAAUCAUCAGUGACCAGCUUGUGUGUGAGCCCUGAUGGUAAGCUGCUGCUGUCAGCAGGACAGAUAAUCAAGAUGUGGAACUUGGAGACCAAGGAAGUGUACAGGAAAUUCACAGGUCAUUCCACGGCUGUGACGACCCUGUGUUUUGCUACUACACGACCUCCGGACAGCAAUGGUCUCUAUUUCCUGUCUGGUGCGGCACAUGAUCGGUUCCUUAGUGUAUGGCAAGUGCGGGAGGAUGGAAAGGAAAAGCACUCGGUAGUGUCCUUCACGCUGACGGAUGAGCCCAGACACAUUGACCUGUUCACUUCCAACAGCAAGGAAGAGGCGAUGAGACUGGCAGUGGUGUGUAAGGAUGGACAGCUGCAUCUCUUUGAGCACUUUUUAAACGGAGCUUGUAAGAAGCCCUUGUUGCCUUCCUGUACGGUGCAAAUGUCAGGAGUGGAAGAUUCUCCAGUGCCCAUCCCCUUAUUGGCAGCAGCCCUUGGAACAGACAAGCAAACUGUGAUGCUGGCUUAUGGAAACCACCUGCAGCCUGUCAUGGAGAAAGUGGAGAUCAACAUGGGGGCGAGACAUGUCUGCCUGACCCGGGAUGUUAAGACGACGCUGGCCCUCUACGUCGAAACAUCUGUCUCUAAGGUUAAAACUCCAGUUGUCAAUGCUCAGAGCAAAAUGUUAGUCCCAGGACUUCCUGGUCACCAGGCCCCCGUUAAGCCUUCCUCACAAGCAUCAGAGAAGAGGAAAAAGGGCAUGGACAAUAAAGAGAUGUCAAUAGAAGAGCGACUUGGCGAAAUUGAUCUGUCAAGGGUCUCCGCUGACAGCGGGGCUCUUAAGGGCAUGGCCUCUUUACAGACAGACAAUUUUGCGGUGCUGCUGGUGCAAGGCUUGGAGAGCAAAGAUGCCAACAUCCUCAAUAAAGUUUUCCAGACACGGAAGGAUGGGGUGAUAAAGAAGACGGUUGCAAGGUUACCCCUUCCUGCUGUCUUACCGAUGAUAGAGGAGAUUUCCAAGAGACUUCAAGGACAUCCUUUUACGGCAGUUCUGAUGGUGCGAUGGCUGAAGGCAGUGCUAAUGCACCACACCUCCUACCUUUCCUCGCUGCCGGACCUGGUCACCCAGCUGGGCGUGUUGUAUCAUAUGAUCGAAAGCAGAGUGAGGAUGUUCCACAAGCUGACGAAGCUACACGGAAAACUAUACCUGCUGACGACACAGAUGGCGGCAAGCAAAAGCAGCAACACAGGCGUCGACGUGGACCACACAGCUAAACUAGUGUAUGAAGAGGAAUCUGAUGAAGAUGAGGCCUCAGGCGACGAAGGUCUUCUUCCCGAUGACAACUCUGAUCAUUGGGAAGAGGAAGAGGAAACAGAGGAAAAGAUGGAUGAGGAUCAGGAAGGGCAAGUGAGUGAGGAAGAAGAGGAUGAAGAUGAAAGAACAGAAUCCAAAGCUAAUGGCGAAGAAGACAUGGAGCAUGAGAAUGAGAGCGAAGAGGAAUGAGAGGAAACACCAGUUACGCAAAUUGGAAAAAGAAAUGGAUCCAAAAGAUUUAUAUAUACUUUUAUUUUCACGCUUUUGAUUUUAUUGACGGAACAAAGAAUGGUUAUUCGAAAAUCACAAACAAGGGACAGACGACAUUGGGACUUGAAGGAUGUCGCCUCUAUCAUGCCAGGAUACGGUUCGGCCACUAGGCAGGGGAUGUCAUAUGUAUUCCUCCAAACCAAGUGGCGAUCACUGCAUCCUGUGUGUUUGUAGUGGGAGGUCUUACUAUUUUGACAUGAAUUCAUGUAGGUUCUCCCAAGUUUCUCCAUUUGCCUCUAUCCCAAUUCUGCAACCCUGUGCCUCUGAGCUGCACUUGUGCACUCCUGUGGAUUUUAAUGAAAAUGACUGAAAAAUGUGAUCACUUUUGAAAGGCUCGUUCCAGUUUGCCUAGAUUGCGGUCUGCUUUCCAAUUUCAAUAAUCAUUUCAUCACAUUAGUGGUACUAAACAAAAGUCCCGCUGUAUAUUAUAGUAUGUUGUAUGUCCAGCUAAUAUGAUUUUACAGCACAUGCCAAUGUUUGGUGUAUCCAAACUCGGCUGCCAUGUACGCUGCCUGAAACAAAUGUGGUGUUUCAUAGGAGUGCACAUGUGCCGACUUCCAUCAAGGUCUAGAAUUGGGACGCAGCGCACCUGCUUUUUUCAUUUGUACAGAAAAGUUGCUGGGAUCAGGUCAUGGGCUUUCUAGAUGUGGCUGUAGACCUCAUCCAAAGAAAUACUGUAUGUAUAACGGCAGUUUGUAUGAGCCUACAGCUAAACCCAUACAUUCAUGGGAUUAAAAGAACUCCUGUAAAA